UUCCGCGGACGAGGAACGAGGAACGACUUAUAUACGGCAACUCCGAAGAUUCGGAUCGACUUUCGAUUCACAUUCAUCGCGCGUCCCCGCGACUCGCGUUCGCGUCGUUAAAAUCAAAUUUCGUCGUUUCCGAUUCGUUCGGCAAUUCUGCGAGUUUUUUGUGUUUCAUCACCGCACCGCGGUUUGCGAAACAACCUGAAGUUCGCCGACUUGGAGGAAUUUGGUUCGCGACAGUGUUUUCUUUUGUCUGUGAUGUGCACGAGAGCUACGAGCGGCAGCGGCAUCAGGAUGACGACGUUCACCAUCACCGUCUGGGCCUGUGUCAUCGCCGUGCUGUGUUCAUCGAUUGUUGAAGCAAAAUCGAAUAUGUUCAUAAAUAUCGAGCCAAGAGGAGAGACAGCCGUGCGAGUCGGUGAAACUUUACAAAUUCUCUGCACCGCUCCACGAGAGCUUCGUGUUUGCCGUGUAGAAAUACCUGGCGAGGGUAGCAUUGUGCUAACCGGGUCAGAUCCCCCGUCGGAAGAUGGCAACAUCGAAUAUUAUGGAAAGGGAUUAACUACUGGCGAGUGCGGCGUCCGUAUCGCUAAAGUGAAAGAAAGUUAUCAUGGCAUCUUCAAAUGUUCCUUGACGACCAAGAAUACUCGACAAGAAGCAACUGCUUCUCUCAAUAUCGUUGUCGCGAAACCUCCCGAAACUGUUGAGAUUUUCACGAAUUCAGGGAGUCUUGGUGGAAACACGUUUAGAAAAGGCGAAAAAUUGGAAAUUAGCUGCAAGGCUAAAUCUGGACGACCAGCAGCGAAUUUGACUCUGUUUCUCGACGAGGAGCCGAUUGGCGAAGAAAGGAUUUCUUACGAUAUGAAUAUGAAUGCAAUAGCAAUGCAGAACGCUUCGCGCAGUUUAGAUUGGACAGAUAACGGCAGAACGAUAAGAUGCAUAGCCAAUCACAUCGCUCUUGAUAGGCCCAUAGAACAAACUAAGCCACUUGAAGUAUACUAUCCACCUCAAUCACAGCCGACUGUUGAACGUUUCGGAUACGUAAUUGGCAGACGGGGGAUCAUCAAUGUUACCGUUCAUGCGCAUCCUAGGCCGCGAUUUACAUGGCGAGUGAACAACGAAAGAAUUGAAGAAGGUCGUCCCGACGAGAGUAAUCGAUUGGAAACUUCAACCGCCGUCGAUUUGGGGAAUGGAGCAUGGAGUGUAAUUCUGAUGAUCGACAGUGUUCAGAAAUCCGACACGGAAAAGGAGUAUAUGUUGAUGGCGACCAACAAUGAGGGAUCGAAUGAAUAUCGUAUCGUUUUGUCGACAUCCUCAGAACCGGCGGGCGUUGAUUUGGACGCUGGAUCCAUCAUUGGUAUCGUCGUGGGCGUUCUGGUGCUUUUACUCAUUAUUUUCCUCGUAAUCUUUGCACGCGCGACUGGCCGCUGGUGUUUUGCAGCGAGGCGUCGCGGCGACGAGGAGACUGCGGGUGACGUCGGCGCCGGAAGCGAGGCGCACAUCACACCCGGCGAUGAGGACGAGGAUCAGGAGGACCCGCGUAUCAUCGACGAGAAGGUGCCGCAAGGUGGCCAAGAGAAUCCAAUACACACGAGCACCGAAUACGUGAACGGCCGUACGGACGUCAAAGACACCAAGAAGGAUGAGAAGACGGACACGCCCGUCUAAGAGAGAGAUUUAAA